AUGCCGACCUAUGCCUACCGGAAUUUAUCCUUGGGGUUUUUCAGCACAGUCGCUCUGCACGACAAUGGCAAGUACCUCACUGCUCGAAUGAACGGGAACGAGUACAAAAUCACGGAUAAGGUGUUGUGCGACAUCUACGAAUUUGACCCCAACAUUCCGACAUGUCACAGUCCCCAAGGAUUUCAGUUCGAUCCGCAUUGGGCACUAAUCUCCCCGUGCAAGAAAUACAAUAAGUUGGGGGCGUUGUCGGGUUUAAUCACCGACUUAGCUCACGUGGUGAUUCUGCGAUACAUCUCCCACAUGAUCUUUGGGAAGAAAGAGUCCAACAAGUACCUCAAGGAGUCCCUCUAUGACAUACACAAUGACACGAGAUGCGGUCCGACUUUGGGACAUGUGGUGACAAAGUUGGCCAACCAUUUUGGAGUACACGUUGAUGAGCCCAAAUACCUCGCCAAAUGGUUUUCGGAGAGGGAUCUCCAUCAUGGCGAUUUCCUUAGAGACAGCACACAUCCGCGCCCCGUCUACAAGCAGAAAGCUUAUGAGGCGUAUUGUAAGGCGAAUGGUUUGCCCUGGCCCCAUCCUUCGGAAGCCGGUACUUUGGCCGGUCCCGAUCCAGCAGAUUCUCACGACAACCACAGGGAUGAUGAUGAGGCCAACUUACACCCUGCUGAUGACACCAUUCAGCCUCUCUUGUCGAGGGAUGAGUACGCGGGUGGGUCUUCCCAUUCGGGUGCUCCAGCUUGGUUUACCGAGUAUGAGGCUUGA